CUCUAGGUUUCAAUGCAGGAAAUUAGUUUUGAAUCCUCGAGAUCUUGUAGCCUCUUUCUCUGGAAUACAACGACACAUUAUUGAUUAGUUACCUGGCCAUGUUUACCAACUGCUCGAGAAUGGAGUUGAUAUGGCCAGAAGCAUGGAAAAACCAAGAACUUUGGAUGACGUUACUGAAAAAAACAAGCAACCCUGGCAAUUGACUGAAAUCAUAGACCCUGCUCAAUGCCGGCUGGUUGCCAUGCCAGACAGCACAGAUGCAGCCAACAAGGUUGCUCGACUACUCUAUACAAAUUCUGGUGUUGGUGUUUUAGCACUUGGAUCUAAUGGUAUUCAAAAGUUGUGGAAGUGGGUCCGCAGUGAACAAAUUCCAAAUGGAAAGGCCACUGCCAAUGUUGUUCCACAACAAUGGCAACCAAACAGUGGUCUUCUUAUGACAAAUGAUGUCACAGGUGUCAACCUUGAGGAAGCAGUGCCAUGCAUAGCACUAUCAAAGAAUGACUCUUAUGUAAUGUCUGCUUGUGGUGGAAAGGUUUCGCUAUUCAAUAUGAUGACAUUCAAGGUAAUGACAACGUUUAUGCCACCUCCGCCUGCUUCAACCUUCCUGGCAUUUCAUCCUCAAGAUAACAACAUCUUAGCCAUUGGAAUGGAAGAUUCCACUAUGCACAUAUACAAUGUUAGGGUGGAUGAGGUAAAAUCAAAACUGAAAGGUCACCAAAAGCGCAUAACUGGCUUAGCUUUUUCCACCAAUCUUAAUAUAUUGGUUUCAUCAGGAGCUGAUGCUCAGCUUUGUAUUUGGAGCAUUGAUACAUGGGAAAAGAGGAAAUCAGUUCCAAUACAACUGCCUGCUGGGAAGGCUCCUAAUGUUGACACUCGAGUGCUGUUUCACUCUGAUCAAAUCCGUUUGCUGGUAUCCCAUGAAACACAGUUAGCAAUAUAUGAUGCUUCCAAGAUGGAUCGUAUUCAUCAGGAGAACAGAAGUGAACAAUCUGACUUAUUAAAUCAAUCGUGAAUUCAGUGGCAUGGGUUGUUGUAAGAGCUGCAACUGAUCCAGUGUUUCCUCCUGGUAUUAUAGGCGUAUAUGGUAUUCUACGAUAUAGCCAACAAAAGUCAGCUUAGUCAUUAUAU